GUCAAAAAAACCUAUCACAUUGGCCAUUGCCACAUUACACAUUCCGUCACAGAACUACUCAAAAUCAUAGUGAACCGUAAGAAACCUUCAAAAACAUAACUUAAGAAAAUGUCUAAUAAUACUGACAAAGUUAAGGAAUUCUACUCAAACGAUAUCGUGUAUAGAUUCGACAAGCACAAAAGAAUCAUUUUCGGUGUUGUUAUUGAUAGUUACGAGGCAUCUUCGGACGUGGACGAGUACCACGCUCUACAGAAAGGCCAGAUUCGAGUGUUGUGGAGCAAUAAUUCUAGAGAACAAGUAUGGAGACAAAGCAAAGUAAGGUUGAUGAACAGGAGUGUCAUACCAGGUGAUAUCGUGCGGCGAUUGGAGAAAGGCAAGGAAACACAAAGGGGGUACUGUAAGGAAACCAAACAGCUUGCAACCGUGCAAAUUGUGGGUACGGACAAAGUUAUCGAACACGUCUACAGCGACAGACUUCACAGUGUUAGACCUUACGAUGUGGACGACGCUGUGUGUUUAGGAAGUAAAUUUGGACGAAUUGAAGCUAUAGAACAGAUGAUUUCCAUGCAGUCGAAAUGCGGAUCUGUAGUUGACGUUCUGACUAGUAUCAAUCAUGAUUUAGAUGACUACUGGUUGUCGAAGAGAAAUAGGAUAUCUUUUGAUGCAUUUUAUCCAGGACAAGAACUGAUAUGUAUUCCAAGCAAUUUUGAACAACCUCACUGGGUGAAGAAGUCUAAAGCCAUGAAAAGAAAUAUCCAGGCAAGGCAAAGGUUUACCGUUCAAAACGUAGAAGACAUCCUCAUUGAAAUAGCCUGGUACAACAAUACUACAGGAUAUUCUCACAUAACUGAAAUUUCGCAGGACGAUAUAAAAAAGUUGAAAGUUCUGGAACAUCCAAGCGAUACCUGUCUAGAAUUGGCAGAGCGUAGAUUGCUGAAACUGAGCGCGUGCGACGUUCUGAUAAAGAAAAAAGACUGGAUUCGAAAACUGUCCGUUUCUUACAGACCCGACACCCAAAAAGUGAGACACAUCGUUAGCUGUAACACCAAAACCGCACCUAGAGUGCCUAAAAUUCGCAGUUCGUCCCUGCUCUACGCCUGCAUCGAGUCUGAGGAAGACGAAUGGUGGACCGAGGAAGGGGAGGAGUCUGACGACAACGGCAGCUCGUCUUCGCAGAACACAUCGAUAUCGAAGUCGUCUAAGAAGAGACACUAUCCGCCCAAGCCCCGUGAACUCGUUCCCGGGCAUACUUUACCCAUCGAGGUGAUCUGUGUAGAGUCUAAAAUCACAGUGGUGUGGCAAGACGGCAGCGAAGAGAAAGAUAUACCGUCUACGCAGCUGUAUUAUUCCAUUUCGUUAGAUGAUCACGAAUUUUUCCCCGGCGAGUGGGUUACUAGUGAUACGAUUAAGGGAGAAUGCACAGAAAAAUACGGAGUCGUCCAAAAUGUCAAUUAUUUAGAAAGAACCGCCUGCGUGAAGUGGUUUACUUAUUCGGAAAACGAGAAGUUACCCACCGAACUGACAAAGAACGAGAUGAGUGUCUACGACUUAAAGAAGCAUUCCAAGUUCGUUUUCCGUCCCGGUAGUAUAGUUAAGUCCAAACCGGCCCAAGACGAUAAAAUGGGCAAAGUUAUCGACAGCUGCAUAGAGGGAUACGUGAAAGUUCAAUGGCUUGACGGCAACGAGGACAACUGCUGGCCGCAGGACAUCGAGCUCAUCCCGGAAACGGCUGAAUACGACUUUUCCGACGAGGAAUCGAGCGACGAGGACGCGGCUUGUGUUUCGUGGGAAACGGAGAGUAUAGAGUCUUACGCUGGAGACUUGUCGGAUGAAACCGUCUUGCAGAACAUGGCGGCGAGGUUGGACUUCGUUCGCAACAGGAUCAUCUACUUGAAAGAGGCUUUUAAACAGCACACGAUAACUGAGAACUUUUCAUUUCUGAAAGAUCUGCUUCUGGUGUACGAGAACUCCAGUUACUUAGACAAACUCCUCGGAACGUCUUUCUUCAGCCUGAAAAGCAAACAUUUCCAGACCUUAUUGAUGAACGCCAAGGAGAAGGCUAAGACCCUGGGGGUGGAGCUCAGGGGUAGGCUGUUCUCCGGCGAUAAUCUGUGUCCGUCCAUCUCGAAAAUCAAACUGGCCGAGAAAGAGAACAUCAACAAGAUGAUCAAGUUGGAAAAUAGGAUAAACGCUCAGAUCGAGAAGAAAGAAGGAAGUAAGGAAGCCACGGUCCCGACGACACCUCUGACUCCCGACAGUACCGAAGUGACUUACAUGUCCCAGGACAACCUCUGCGUCGAGUUACUUUCCAUGCUGAAAAUGCGCAUGGACCUGGCUUACGCCGAAAUCAUAAGCCGGAUCGGGGGCACCCAGGCCUUGUCUGUGCUGACGAAAGCUUCGGAAAACGUCGCCACCCCAGCAAGUUCGACGCCCCUCCCUAGCUGUCCGACGACACCAGACGAGUCGUUUUCCGCUUUGAGCCCGCUUCGGCCCAAAUUUAACGAUAAAAUGGGCGAAAUCGAAAACGAACCCUACACGAUCAUCGAAGAAGCUCCGGUGAUGCACCAUUUCUAUUCCGGCAAGUUCGAACCGACGGACUUGCAACGUUUCCUCAAAGCAGUGCAGAAAGAGUACAAGCUGCUGAAGGAGUCCCUCCCUCCGGGUGUCUGGGUGCGCUCCUACGGAAACAGGAUCGAUCUGUUAUCGGUCAUGAUCCAAGGUCCCUCGAAAACGCCGUACGAGGACGGGUUGUUCCUCUUCGACAUCCAAUUGAGUCCGGACUACCCCCGUUCGCCCCCUCUGGUGCACUACAUAAGCUACAGCACCGAGCGUUUGAACCCGAACCUGUACGUCGAGGGUAAAGUGUGCGUGUCGCUGCUGGGAACGUGGAUGGGUCGCGGGACGGAAGUCUGGGGCCCGAAGAGCACCCUCCUCCAACUGAUCGUGUCAAUUCAGGGACUUAUCUUAGUGUCCGAGCCGUACUACAACGAGGCGGGGUACGAGAAACAAACCGACACCCAGCAGGGCUACGAGAACUCCCGGACUUACAACGAGCUCGUCAUCCUGAAACUAGUGCAGUCGAUGACGGAAAUGCUGCUGUCCCCGCCCGAGGUAUUCAAAGGGGAGAUUUUCUCGCACUUCGCUAAAAACGGGAGGAGCCUGUGCGAUCGUCUGAAUAAAUUCUGUGGUGAGACUGACGCUGUAGUGCCGGAUUUCCCCCUGUUGCCCGUCAGCAAAGGCUUGAAGUUGUCUUUGUCCGCCGCGUUGAAUUCGUUCCGAAACGUCCUGAAAGAAGUGAUCGAGGGCAAGGCCGUCAAGCCGACGCCCUCCGUUUGAAUUUUUUAUACUGUAUUGCCGAUUUCAAUAAAAAUGUUGUUUGUACGUUUUAAAAGUUGUUCUAGUGUUAUCCGGGGUGCGUUUGAUUCGUCGAACCCGACGGGAAUGACGUGAGCUUGCGCGGGAAUACUUUUUUUUGGGGAGUAAUUUGCACUUAUUUGUUAGUGGGCAAAGCAGUCAGGAAAGAUGUUCAUACUUGGUUGUUCCCUUUCGAAAAUCAACAGAACUAGGAACAGUUUUUCCGUGACUUAUUUAGUAAACGAUUAAAAUAUUUUGGAUUUUAUUCAGCUUGAAACGCCUAGGAAACCCAUUUUGCUAACUUUCUGUAAUCUUUCUUCAUUGCUUUGCCAUUAAGAGGGCUCUGUAGCAAAUAGCCA